UCUAAAAUACAAUAUACCUAAAACCCUCCAAUCAAACAUCCCCAUAAUUCUCUUUUUUAACCAUUUGUUCCUCGGAUCCUUUCCUACAUGUUUCAUAAUUCACCACCCACCUACUUUAUUUGACCGAAUUGCACGCCUUCAAUUUCAUAUUUCACUCGCUUCUUUUUGGUGACUGCCAUUACUCCACUUUUAUAAAGAAAGGCACGAAUUCAAGCCACAACCCCUGGGCUUCCCUUCCCACUCUUAAAUGCUCAUAACCACCACACUUCCAUAAACAAUAAAGUCCCACUUCAUCAGUUCAUCCCAUAAAAUCCAGCAACAAUAUUUCUAUGAACCUCACUAGCUAAACUCUUCAUUCUUCCACUAGCCAUGGCUGCUGCUUCUGCUCUUCUGCUAAUGGUGGCGGCAGCAUGCUUAGUGGUGCGCUUAGCAGAGGGACAAGGACUGGUGCCUGCCGUGAUGAUCUUCGGCGACUCGGUUGUGGACACAGGAAACAAUAACUACUUGCUCACUCUCGUCAAAUCCAACUUUCCUCCCUAUGGCCGAGACUUCACCACCACCCGCGGCGCCCCCACCGGCAGGUUCUGCAACGGCAAACUAGCCACUGACUUCACCGUGGAAAACCUGGGUUUCAGCACAUACCCGCCAGCUUACCUCAGCAGAGAAGCAACUGGGAAGAACCUCCUCACCGGUGCCAACUUUGCCUCUGCUUCCUCCGGGUACCUGGACAGGACUGCAAACCUUUAUCAUGCAAUAAGCUUAACCCAGCAGCUGGAGAACUAUAAGGAGUACCAGAGCAAGGUGGAGAAUAUUGUAGGUGGAAGAGCAAAAGCUGCCGGAAUAUUCUCCGGCGCCAUCAACAUCCUCAGUGCGGGGAGCAGCGAUUACGUACAGAACUACUACAUCAACCCCCUCAUCAAUGAAGCCUACACUCCUGACCAGUUCACCAACUUGCUCGUCCUCUCCUUCGGUUCGUUUGUUCAGAACAUGUAUGGCCUGGGAGCCCGGAGGAUUGGUGUGACAUCGCUGCCGCCAAUCGGUUGCUUGCCCGCCGCAAUAACCUUGUUUGGUGGUGGCAGCAAUAACUGUGUUGAUCGCCUGAACAAUGAUGCAGUUGCCUUUAACAAGAAGGUGAGCGCAGCUGCAGAAACGCUUAAGAAAAGCCACUCGGAUCUCAAACUUGUCAUAUUUGAUGUGUACAAUCCCUUGUUAGACCUCAUCAAGAACCCUGGGAACAAUGGUUUCUUCGAGGCACGAAAGGCAUGUUGUGGAACAGGCACCAUUGAGACUUCUCUUUUGUGCAAUGCGAGGUCGCCGGGGACUUGUGCCAAUGCCACUGGCUAUGUUUUCUGGGACAGCUUCCACCCUUCAGAAGCCGCCAACAAAAUUUUGGCUGAUGCACUACUGCUUCAGGGUAUAGAACUCAUCUCCUAGAUAGACUUAGCUAAGUUACCUAGCAUCCUCUCCCUGUAAGAAGUUAUUAUGAAUCAACGUACUCUGGAAAGGUGAGCAUGAGGUUAAGAAAACAAGACUUAAAAGUACUAUAGGCUUGGUUGAGGAAUGAUGAGCAGAUUAAAAAAUCAAACAUUAUAUGCUACUAUUCCCUGAGAGCCCGUCUUGUUUAUGGCUAAUGAUGAUGUAGAUUUGUCCAAUGAAGCAUAUAAAUGCAUGUUGUUCAAAUCCAUUGCAUGUGAGAUUGAAUGGGUUAUAAAU